AUGGGUGUCCCCGCUAUGUUCCGCUGGCUCAGCCAGAAAUACCCCAAGAUUAUUUCAAGUGUCAUUGAAGACUUGCCCAAAAAGGUCGGCGACGAAAGCAUACCAGUCGACCGCACCCAGCCCAACCCCAAUGGCGAGGAGUUCGACAAUCUCUACUUGGAUAUGAACGGCAUCGUGCACCCUUGUUCGCAUCCUGAGGACAAGCCAGCCCCCAAAACUGAGGCAGACAUGAUGCUUGCCAUCUUUGAGUACACUGACCGCGUUGUGGGCAUGGUGCGCCCACGAAAGCUGCUGUACCUGGCUGUCGACGGCGUCGCGCCUCGUGCCAAGAUGAACCAACAGCGUUCGCGUCGUUUUCGCUCAGCUAAGGAAGCCAAGGAGAAGGACGAUGAGAAAGCUGAAUUCCUUCAAAUGCUCAACUCGCAGAAGGCCAGCCGCGGCGAGGAUAUCACAAGCCUGGAUCAGGUUGUCGAGAAGACCUGGGACUCCAACGCUAUCACCCCUGGCACCCCCUUUAUGUUCAUGCUCGCUGAGAGCUUACAAUACUGGUGUGCCUACAAGUUCACCACUGAUCCUUCAUGGCGAGACAUGAAGGUCAUCAUUUCUGAUGCCUCGGUGCCCGGUGAAGGUGAACACAAAAUUAUGAACUUCAUCCGCUCUCAACGCGCUAUGCCCACUCAUAAUCCCAACACUCGCCAUGUCAUCUAUGGUCUAGACGCUGAUCUCAUCAUGCUUGGUCUCGCCACUCAUGAGCCUCAUUUCCGCGUCUUGCGAGAGGAUGUUUUUUUCGACUCUGGCAAAGACAAGAGCUGCACUAAGUGCGGUCGCAAGGGACACAUUCGCCCCAACUGCCCUCAUCCUGACGACGGCUCCAAAUUGACCGAAGAGGAAGCCAAGGACGAGUGGGACGCCGCAGAGCAUCCUCUCAAGCCUUUCAUUUGGCUUCACAUUAAUGUGUUGCGUGAGUACCUCGCAGUAGAGAUGGACUCGCCCCAACGCAAGUUCCCGCAGGACAUAGAACGAGCACUUGAUGAUUGGGUCUUCAUGUGUUUCUUUGUUGGUAACGAUUUCUUACCACAUCUUCCUAGUCUGGAAAUCCGAGAUCAAGGUAUUGACUUGCUCACCAAAAUCUGGCGUGAACUGUUGCCGCAAAUGGACGACUAUGUCACGAAGAAUGGCUUUCCCAAUAUGCUUCGAGUGGAGCAGAUCUUACAAGCUCUCGCUCGCCAAGAGGAUGAGAUCUUUCGCAAACGCAAAGAGGUGUCCGAUCGACAAGCCGCGAAGCGUGCUCGUUUCGGGGAUCGUAACAAGAAUAACGGACAACCCGCCUGGACUCAGGCUCCUCCAACCAAGCGCCGCAAGGAGGACACUAACACGUACCUCGACGCCGGCAUACCCUUCUUUUCUCCUCAGGAUGCUCAGUCAAAUGAAGUGCGUGCCGUGUCCAAGGAGAUGCUCGCGAACAAGAACCAGACUAACAAGAGCGCUGCCGCAAAACUCAAGGAGAUGUUGAAAGCCAAAGCAGAUGGCACUGCUCCACCCGAGACUGACAGCCAGGGCUCAGAGACUGUAUCUGCACGUGGUACAGAAACACCUGUUCAGCUUGGGAAACGCACGCAUGACGCGAUCGAGGACUCCGACAAUGGCACACCGGGCAGAAGCACCCCUGUAGUUCCUCAGUCGCCAGCGCCAUCACAACAGAACAAAGAUGGGGAGAUGCCCGAGGACACUGUCAAGCUUUGGGAGCCCGGCUACAGGGAACGCUACUACACUCAAAAAUUUGGAGUCGAACCCGAUGACAUGGAAUUCCGUCACAAGGUCGCCCGUUCUUACGCCGAGGGUCUCUGCUGGGUCCUGGCAUACUACUUCCAGGGCUGCCAGUCUUGGACUUGGUAUUUCCCUUACCAUUAUGCACCUUUCGCCGCCGACUUUGUUGGUAUAGCAGAUAUGGACCCCCACAAGAUGUUCAACAAAGGCAAGCCCUUCCAUCCGUAUGAGCAGCUUAUGGGUGUGCUUCCCGCCGCAUCGAACCACGCGAUUCCAGAACCCUUCCGUAUCCUCAUGUCAGACCCAGACAGUCCCAUUGUCGACUUCUACCCCGAGGACUUUCCCAUCGAUUUGAAUGGCAAGAAAUUUGCAUGGCAAGGUGUCGCCAUCUUGCCAUUCAUCGAUGAGAAGCGCUUGCUGACUGCUAUGGCUACCAAGACUGAUCAACUCACUGAAGACGAAGUGAAGCGCAACCAGUUCGGCAAGGAGACCUUGAUGUUCUCACAGACAGGCAAGCUGUUCAAGUCGAUGAACAAGACGAUCUAUGGUAAGGGCGAGAAAAAGGUCCAGAUUGACCACCAACACAGCGAUGCGCUCCAUGGCGAGGUCGAGCCUCACGAGCUGUUCAUUCCUGACAGUCAGCUCGUUCCUCCCUUCGACGCCGAGAGCGAAGACUUCGACAUCAUUCAGGACGGUUCCAUCAGAGUAUACUACGAAAUGCCAAAGAUCGAGGCCAAGACAGCCCACAAGUCCGUCCUCCUCAAAGGCCUCACCAUGCCCACAAAGAUGCUCAACGAGAACGACGAAGCGCACGUCCGCCGCCAGCAGAACGGCCGAGGCGGCUUCCGUGGCGGGCGCGGCGGCGGCCGUGGAGACUACAACAGCCACAAUAACCAGCGUUCUGGCUCGUACUCGAAUAACGGCGACGGCUACAAUAAUCGUGGACGUGGAGGCCACAACAACAACCGCGGAGGGUACAACAACGGGGGACGGGGUGGAUACAACAACUUCCAACCCCCUCCAGGCUUCCCGCCGCCACCAUUCCCCGUGCCAGGCAUGAACGGCCUACCUCCCCCACCACCAGGUUGGGUCCCGCCGGCACCUCCAGGUCUAGAGGCUUGGGGUGGUAACGGUAGACCACCCGUGCAGGCUCCUGCGGGCCAGCAGCAUUGGGGUCCUCCGCCGCAACACCACACAGGGCAGGGCUCGUCACUGCCGGGCUACCGCCCUCCGAAUGACAUAUUGGGUCACGGCAGAGGCGGCGGCGGGCAGCAGCGAGGUGGACGCGGUGGGUACAAUGGCGGCAGAGGAGGAAGGGGAGGGUACAACGGUGGUGGCUAUAAUGGUGGUGGAGGCUCAGGGAACGGGUACAAUAACCAGCGCCAGUUCUAG